GUAGGAUCUCGUUCGGUGGGAGGGAGGAGUAAAAAGAAACUCUUUGAUUACUAAUCAUCCAACAAAAAGAUCUGUCCUCAUCCUUAUCUACUAUCCCCGUCUUAUGGAAACUCUUUAGCUGUUUUAAUCACCUUUGCUAUUUAACCAAAACACCUACCACUGCCUCUUUCUCUUGAUUUCCUUUUUGUUUUUCUUCAAAGCAGUCCUCUUCUGAUUUCAUUUAAAAUUAUGGGGGAUUUAUCUCUUCCUAAUGACGCCCUCUUCGUUGGAUUUGAUAGUUCUACUCAGUCGUUGAAGGCAACUGUUUUGGACUCCAAUCUCGUUAUUGUUGCUUCAGGGAUGAUCCACUUUGACUCUGAUUUGCCUCAUUAUAAGACUAAGGAUGGUGUUUACAGAGACGCUAAUGUUAAUGGCAGAAUUGUUUCACCCACCAUAAUGUGGGUGGAGGCUUUGGAUCUUAUUUUUCAAAGGCUUUCUAAAUCCAAUUUGGAUUUUGGGAAGAUUGCUGCCGUUUCUGGUAGUGGACAGCAACAUGGCAGUGUUUAUUGGAAGAAAGGUAGUUCUGCAUUGUUAUCAUCAUUGGACCCCAAGAAGCCAUUAGUUGAUCAGCUCCGCGAUGCCUUUUCUGUUAAGGAAUCACCGAUAUGGAUGGACUGCAGCACAACUGCUCAGUGUAGAGAAAUAGAGAAAGCUGUCGGUGGUGCAUUGGAGUUGUCUAAAAUUACUGGUUCUCGAGCUUAUGAGAGAUACACAGGACCACAAAUUCGGAAGAUAUUUGAGACACAACAAGAAACUUAUGAGAACACUGAGAGGAUCUCUCUUGUUAGCUCUUUCAUGGCAUGUCUAUUCUUAGGGGCUUAUGCUUGUAUUGAUACAACUGAUGGUGCAGGGAUGAACUUGAUGGAUAUAAAGCAAAGGGCUUGGUCUAAAGCUGCAUUGGAGGCUACAGCUCCAGGUUUGGAGGAAAAGCUUGGAAAGCUAGCUCCUGCACAUGCUGUUGCUGGUUCUAUUGCAUCCUAUUUUGUGGAGAGGUAUAAGUUCAAUAAGAAUUGCUUGGUGGUUCAGUGGUCUGGAGACAAUCCUAACAGUUUAGCAGGUUUAACUCUAAACACUCCUGGGGAUCUAGCAAUCAGUUUGGGCACUAGUGACACUGUCUUUGGAAUCACCAAGGAUCCUCAACCUGGUUUAGAAGGGCAUGUUUUCCCGAAUCCUGUUGAUACAGAAGGCUACAUGGUAAUGUUGGUCUACAAAAAUGGGUCUUUGACACGUGAAGGUAUCAGAAACUUCCUCCUAUUUGUUAAGCUGGUUGUGUAUUUAUCUAACAAAGUCUUCAUGUUUAUAGAUGUACGUAAUUGCUAUGCUGAGAAAUCUUGGGAUGUUUUUAACAAAUUUCUCGAGCAAACUCCUCCACUAAAUGGUGGGAAGAUAGGUUUCUAUUACAAGGACCAUGAGAUUCUUCCUCCAAUGCCUGUUGGCUUCCACCGCUACAUUCUUCAAAAUUUCAAUGGGGAAACUCUGGAUGGCUUGAAUUUACAAGAAGUCCAAGAAUUUGAUCCUCCUUCCGAGGUUCGCGCCUUGAUUGAGGGCCAAUUUCUGUCGAUGCGUGCUCAUGCAGAAAGGUUCGGAAUGCCUUCUCCUCCAAAACGAAUCAUUGCUACUGGUGGAGCAUCAGCAAAUAAAAGCAUUCUCAGCUCAAUUGCAUCAAUCUUUGGCUGUGAUAUAUAUACGGUUCAAAGACCUGAUUCAGCAUCUCUGGGAGCUGCAUUGAGGGCUGCUCAUGGUUGGUUGUGCAACAAAAGGGGCAGUUUUGUGCCGAUGUCUUGUAUGUACAAGGAUUUAGACAAGACAUCCCUGAGCUGCAAGCUCUCGAUGGCUGCUGAAGACCAGAAACUGGUUUCCAAGUAUGCUUUAUUGAUGAAGAAGAGAAUGGAACUAGAGAAUAACCUUGUCAAAAAGUUGGGGCGGUACUAGAAGUCAAUAAUAGUGUGUUAUAUCUCGUGAUUUUUAGGUACUAUCAGAGUUCAAUUCAAAUUUAACAUGGACAGUUGUAGUUUUUUUUUUUCCUUUUAUUUAAAUCAUUGCAAAUAAAAGGUAUUAUCAGAGUUCGGUUAAAAAAGGAAGAAGAAGAGGUAUGUCAUAUUUUUUAACUUGGAUAGGCAAUAAUGGGAACCCGAAUGAUUGGUCCAUUGGUAAAAAGUGUUUAUUUGUGAUUCAAGAAUUUCCUUUUA